AGGGGUGGGUGGAUGAGGCACAAGAAUAAUUGGUCAGUGGUAUCAAUAUAAAACAGACCUGAGAACAACGAGGUGUCAGAUCCAAGAUGAAGACUUUGUGUGUUGUUAUUGUUGUGUUGAGUUUCACCUCAGUGUGUCAGCCUGCAUCACUGGCCUGUCAGAAGCUGCUGAAACCAGCGGAAACAAUUCCAGUUUUGACUGGGAGAUGGCACGGCAUAGCCUUUUCCUCUGAACUCUGUGUGCUUCCCAAAUUAGUGAACGCUGUUCUUUGGCCAAGUCUUGCAUUGGACGUUACUGCUAAAGACACGGCAAACGUUUAUGAUGUCAACAUUAAAAUGAACUCGCACGGAUAUUGCGCCAAUCAAUCUGAAACAUAUUUCACUCGGAACAACCACAUUUUUGAUGUUGACACCAACAAUCUCCCAGUUGGUGACCCACAUGUAAUGCUGCAAACUGGCUGUCCUGACUGCAUCGUUGUAAAGACGAGUGAUGCAGUUCAAGUGAUUGAAUUCUACAGUAGGCGAAGCACUGUCACUGCUGACGAGAUGAGGGAGUUUGAGACACAGACAGAGUGUCUUGGCUGGAAGAGACCAGAAAUAUUAAAGUCAGCUCACGACUAUGACACCUGCAAGAUCAUUGAUGACGAUACUGAUAUGGAUAAUCCGGAAAUAACUUCUAUAAUUAAUGAGAGGUUGGAAAAGGCGAAAGAAGAGAUCGUUAGUUGUGUUGCAGAGUUUAUCAUUUAUAUUCUUGUUAAAUUUUUUGAAGGAAUCAUCUCUGGCUAGAGCCUUUGCUGCGAUAUCAGUGACUUCAAACCUACAAAUCAGAGUCACUUUUGAUCUACUGAUCUGGAUUAAAUACAAACAGUGAAAGACAAAAGUCCUCCUGUGUCUCAAUAAACACUAUUUGUCCUCA